CGGGUUUUCUGUCAAUUUCAAAUGAAAAAUGAACUCAUCCGGACUUCAAUUCACAAGUAUGACGGAGCUUCUUGCCACAUGCUCACUUACAGAGCAGCAAACACGACAAUUUGAGCAAAAAUCGCUUGAUGUAGUAUAUCAAUCUUUGAAAAAUUUGCAAGGAUCUGCUGAAAAAGCCCGUGGAGAUUUGGAGCAACAAUACCGAUUAUUGAUGAAAGCCGGUGAACUCGGAAAUAUUAUCACGAAAAGCUCGAAAUUUGCGAGAUGGAAGCAAAAUACAGCAAAUGCGGCACUUUUCUAUGCGGAUUUCGAGAAAGUCGUUCGAGAAGCUUCAAAUUUGCAAUCUGUGCUGAAUAUUAAAUACGAAAAUCUGGUCCGACGUGCUGACACACAAAAACGUGCCGAACAAGAGGCUGCGGAUAAACGUGCGGCGACGAUUACUGUAGAUUCGACGAUGCGGGCGGUUCGGGCAAAGAUCACACCGCGGGAACUUGUACGAAAAGUGGAAAAUGAUACGCCAAAGAAAAGCGCACUGAUUUUUGAUAUUCGCCAAAACCAAUCGGACGCGAUUUUCUACAACCGAAGCGAGAUGAUCACAGUGAUUCAGGUGCCAUACGACAUGAUAGACAGCUCCCUAACAUUCGCUUCGUUCCGCACGAAUUUGGCUGUAACUCAGCGAGCACUGCUUGCUCGGCUCUCAACGUCUGAUUACGUAGUUCUGAUGGAUGAUGAUGGGCCUGAACUCGUGAACACGUCACCUCUGCCGAAAUCCAAAAUGUCGUUCCUUUUCAAGGCGUUGACGCAGUACAAUCAAUCGGAGCGUCUACGCGAACGGCCAAUGUUCAUGGAAGGUGGAUUCAAAAUGUGGAAGGCUCAAUAUCCGACGUACACGAAGAAUGAGCAGCCCGUAACACCCCGUUCAAUCCCAUCCGAUGAGCUUGAUGACGUCAUUUCGGCCUAUCAUCGGAACUAUCCGAUGAUCUCGGAGAUUCGGUACCCCGACUUGAAUACGAUGCGUCCAGAGCCGACGGCUCAGACCCCACCUGCUCCAGCGGCUCCACCAGCGGCUCCAGCACUCAAUCGGCAGUCGACAAUACCGCCCGUCGCGAUGACUCAACGCCCAAUGAUUCCGCCUUCAUUGCCUUCGAGCACGCCUCCUGCACCUUUAAAACCUGUCGCACCGCCCACGCCGCCCAUCUUCCCGUUGCUGGAUCGAACAUCAAAGCCCUCGACACUUCCAGAACGACCAAUAGAUCCAUCGCCGACACGUCAGAAUGGAGGUGGAGAGGUCAAACGGCCGCCAUUGUUGGAUAGAGCAACUAAGCCGAAUGCUCAGAAUGCUCAGACAUCAAAACAGCAUGAAGCUCAGUUGCUCUCGAUCUACGAUCAAAUGGAUAUGGCGAUUCACCGUGUCGUCGACGAUUCCACCCGAAAUAAGGGUCGUGGCGUUCCGGGUGCAGUUGGGCUCUUCAAUAUGGGCAACACGUGCUUCAUGUCUGCCACGUUGCAGUGCCUUUUCCAAACGCCGGGACUCGCUGAAGUGUUCACCAAGAAGGUUUUCGUGUCAAAAGUCAAUACACAGUCACGUCUCGGAUCGAAAGGUGUCAUCUCUGCUGGUUUUGCGUCACUUUCUGAUAUGAUUUGGAAUGGAACGUUCACUGCGAUCAGGCCUUCCAGGUUUUUGCAACUCUUCUCGGAUACCGUCUACCAACCACUGAGCGAUGGCCGGCAACACGAUGCCUCUGAAUUUCAGAUUUUCUUGUUAGACGCGCUUCACGAGGACACUAAUCAGGCACAACGGAUCAGUUUCGAGCAAAACUACCAUGGUGGAGCCGGAAUUGCAAAGGAAGCGGCGGAUUUUCUCAAAAAACACUAUCAAUUCUCGUUAUCGCCGGUUAAUCGGCUUCUUGGGAGCAUUACCGUGUCAGAAAUCAGAUGCCUGACGUGCGGAGCUUCUUCGGCGACUUUCGAGGAGAAUACGAUAAUUUCUGUGGAAAUACCAUCCAAUUCGUCGUGCUCACUGGAUAUGUGCCUUCGAUCACACUUUUCGCAAACUAAAUUGGACGGAGAUUCUCGUUGGAAUUGUCCAAAAUGCAAGGAGCCACGUGCAAGUACACGGACAUCAAAACUGUGGCAACCACCACCGGUUAUGAUCAUCCAUCUGAAGCGUUUCGCGCUGUUCAACGGGGAUUUCGAGAAAAACACGGCCGCCGUGACAUUUGAGACCGCCCGAUUCGACGUUCGACCGUAUUUACAUGAGAUGGCGCCUGCCGAGAAGCCCGUCUACAAGCUUUAUGCGGCUACGCUUCACAACGGUCGCCUCAAUUCGGGACACUAUACGGCUGUGGCUUCACAUCUUCGCUCUGACAAAUGGCUUCGUUUCGAUGAUUCUGUCGUGACACCGUGUGAAAAUUUCAAAGUUGAUCCAUCGCUCGCCUACAUUCUCUUCUACAAACGGUGCUAAUUUAUUGAUUUUAUUUCGAAACUUUUUUUUGUGUACAUAUAAUUGUGUCCAUUAUUUUUAUUUUUAUGAUUAACAUUUGCCAUACAAGAACUCCCUUUUUUCUGAUUCAUUGUGAUUUUACUGUGUAUUGCAAUUUUUUGGAGCUAUUUUAAUGAAUUUUUUU